GUCAUGAACGAGUACUUCCUCUCUACAUGUCUUCUGCUCUUUCCAUUCUCCUUCCUCUAUACAAUAACAUAUUUCUUCCUCAAACAUAUUUGUCGCAGAUCCUCCCCAGCACCAACAUCUUCAUCGAAGCGGCAUCUCCACAGCGACGCACGGCGCAUUCAGCUCCACACCACUGAAUCACAGCCCCAUCCUUCCGUGCCACCGACCAGCAUCUACACAAUUCCAACAUGGCCGUACUACGCGCAUCCUCGCCCGUCGCAACGGCGUUGUUAGCUCUAAUUCUCCUCCCGAGACUAGUGGCUGCAGUGCCGCACAAUCACGCGCACAUACAUCGGCAUGUCUCGCCAGCCAACGACCUCAUAACGCUGGGUCCUGAGUCACUGGCACGUCGAGACACCCCUGUGAAGCUAGGUGACCAGGAGCGCAUGGACGAGGCCGAGGUCGCAAAAAUGGCAGCAGGUUGUAACAGCGGUGACUGGCCUCUCGAUGACAGCGUCCCCAUGCCCAUCGAGAAAGCAGGCACUCAACUAGACCUCUUCCCUAGACCAGAGAGCACGCCCAACGCACUCACCAUGCACAACUACUGCUCCUACGAUCUUUACUUUGUCCACUACAACGAGGGCGGGGUGUUCGAAGAUAAGGACGGUACCAAAUUAGCGGCCGGCUCCUCUAUCUCACAGGUACUGUGAUGAAAGUGUACAAGUCGAAACCACUAGAAUGGCCGUUUCUCAUCGAAUAUAGCGGUUACUACGAUAUGAGCUUGAUACACUGUCUUGGCACGACUGACAGAAAUCCCCUGGUUCAUGACGAGAAAACAACUCAGACGAUUACUACAGAUACGAGUCGUUGCCCUGGACACGAAGCGGGACUACAUCUCAGUC